UCUUUUAUUAGUACUAUGAUUGUAUAUUAUCUAUAAUUUGCCACAACUUACAACUUACUCUAUUUUGAUUCUGCUAAAAACUAGUAAGGUAAAAUUGAGAUAUGAAAACACGGUUCACACUCAAUCAUUAUUUGUUUGAGUAUAGUCUCCAUAGCUUUUAGCGAUUCAACAUAUUUUUGUAAGAAAAUAGGUAUUUCAUCACUUCCAGGACUUGAAUUAGUUUUCAGACAGCGGAUAGCUUCACUAGCAUUUUCAAGAGUAAAAAAGAUCAUUACUAAAUUUUAAGUUCAUCUAGGGGUUGUAAGAGUUGUAUGGUUAUUGCCAGGGAUUUGGUUGUAGACACUCUGAUUAGCAAACCUUUUAGCUAUCUUUGAGGGAUCAAUAAUUAAUAUUUUAGAAUCUACAUCUUUUAAGUUAAUAAUUGUUGUGUUAUUUGAACAUAAAGAUCUUUUAAUAUAUGUAUAGAAUGAUUUGUUACCAGCUCUAACUAAGCUAUUUUCUUAUGUUCUUCUGGCUUCACAUAUUAAAGAUUUCAGACGAUUAUUUUGGGUUCUGUAAUUUCUGUAGUCACGAUCAUCCUUAGUACCAGUAUACAUAUUUAUCCUUUUUCUCCAAUUUCUUUAAACAAUUGUUUAUUAAGCUAUGGUUUUAACAAAUUUUUCUUCCUCUUCUCCAGUGGUAUAAAUUGAUUUAAGGUGUCAAAAGUUAUUUUAGAGAAAGCAUCAUAAUUUGCACAUAAACUGGAAUUGUUCAUUGAAGUACGAAAUUUUUGAUUUGAUAAGUAAUCAUUUAUUGCACUUUAGUUAGCUUAUUAGUCGUUUUUUUUUGUAAAAACCUUUAAAAAAAAGGUCACGACUUAAAAUAAACGACUUUAUUAUUAAAUGUAGCAAAUAUCAUAUACAAAAAACCGUCAUAUUACAAAAUAAUACCAAUUUCUCGAAGAAACUUAAAUAACUGCUACGUCCAUACAGGUAUAAAGUGAAAUAAGACUGUCCAACAGAAACUGUCACGAAACAAAAGUGUCAACUUCUGCUAGCUAGUGAUAAAUUUAUGAAUUAAAGAAAUGACGGUUUUGCAGAAGAUAUAUUUAGUAAUUUUAAUUUAACUCACUCAAGGAAUGUUUUGAGUUGUGACAGUUUUUUAGCGGGGUUGCGAUAUCCAAGUUUACUGACUAUCAUUAAAUAAAAAUAUUUGAUUAUAAUGAUAUCCCUCCAACCAUUUUAUUUCUCCUUUAACAACCCCCUCGGUGCUUUCCAUCGGAUAAAUAGCCAGAUAAUAGUUUCCAUUUGGAAACUUUCAAUGUCUAAUGAUCCAUCGAAUUAAAGCAAAUGAGUCAGUUUUGGAAGUUAAAAUGGUCGAGUUUUCUGGCAAAUCGGCCGUGUGCUACGUAUAGUAAAACAAUUUUGCUUUUCCAGAAUAUCGAAAUUAUGCAUUUCUGUAUUUGUCGGGAUUGUGUAUUAAAACUUUGAAUAACCUCGUCCCAAAUAGACUGUUCGAGGAUGUUUCUAUGAUAAUUAUGUUUUAUAUCUGGAUAUACGAGACCUUGCUAAAAUUAAGUAGCUUGUAGGUAGCCGAGUAUUUGUUAUACCUACACUAAUAAAAACGUAAUCGCGAUUAUUUACAGGGUAGUCACUUUUUGAGUUGUAUUACUAUAUCGUAAAUGUUUGUAAUGCAAGGUUUGUUUCUGGGGACAAAAGUUGUAUAUUCUAAAAAUCAAGGCCGCUUUCCAAGAUAGUCGAUAAACAAAUUAGUUCAAUUUCUUUAUUCUACUUAUUUAAAAUAAAAAAUAAUUUAAGAUAUUUUAUAUCAUGUAGUACAUAUUACAACGCAUUUAAUUUUGAUAUCUGACGUUUCGUAAAUGCGGGACCACCAUCAACUUUAUUUGUUAUGGACCAGUGUUAUUUUGAAAUAUUAUUUUAAUGUAUGUUCAAUUCUGAAUGCAAAGAUGUGGAAAUAUAUUCUGAUUAGUCAACGUUUCGGACGAUUUGAACAUCAUCAGGUAAGUUAACUAAUACGAACCUGCAUUAUGAAUUAUUUAAAAUAAGCAAUUACAUUUUAAAAGCUAAGCGUAUAUUUUCAUUUAAUAUAGAGAUAGCAUGAAGAAAAAAUUAUAAAAAAUGAUUCAAUCAAACUGGAAUAUGGAUAUAAAAUUAUACAAAACAAAAAAUGAUUUUUUUCAAAGUAAAAUAGUCAUGACUUUAAAAUCUGGCCAAAUUCGAGUCGGACUCGCGCUAAGGGUUCCAAACCAAAAAACCCAAAAGAAAAAAAGUAAAAAAGUCAAAAUGUCAAAAAAGCCAAAAAAAUUAAAAAAGCCAAAAAAAGCAAAAAAAACAAAAUCCAAAAGAAACCAAAAGCCAAAAAAGAUCAAAAAGUCCAAAAAACAAAAAAAAACAAAAAAGCUAAAAAAGCCCACAGAAAUAAAAAGCCAAAAAAGCAGAGACAAAAAAUAAAAAAGUAAAAAAGCCAAAAAUCCAAAAAAUGCAAAAAGGAAAAAAGUAAAAGAAAAAACAAAAAAGCCAAGAAGCCAAAAAAGUCAAAAUAAACCAAAAAAGGAAAAAAAAAAGGACGAAAAAGCCAAAAGCAGCAGUUCAAAUGUAUGUUCAAAAAACCAAAAAGUCAAAAAAGCCAGAAAAAUAAAAAAAAUCCAAAAAAUGCUAAAUAAGCAAAAACCAAAAAGUCAAAAUAAUCAGAAAGGUCAAAAUAAACCAAAAAAAGGUGAAGAAAAAAAGGACGAAAAGCCAAAAAUAAAAAAAGGGCCAAAAAAAGCCAAUAAAAGCCAAAGUCAGAAAAGCCAAAAAGUCAAAGAAAGUUCAAACAGUAAAAAAAAGACAAAAGGAAACAAAAAAUCAAAAAGUCAAAAAGCCAAAUGUUAAAAAAGUAAAAAAUUAAAAAGUCAGAAAAGUCAAAAAGCCGAAAAGCUCAAAAAGCCAAAAAAGUUGAAAAGCAGAAAAGCCGAAAAAAAAAAUUCAAAAAAGAUGAAAAAAGGAGAAAAAGGCGAAAAGGGCGAAAAAGCAAAAAGCCAAAAAUAAACAAUCAUAAAAACAAAAAACGCAAAAACAAAAAAG